GGCGCCUUCGCCUUCUCUUGGAAUCAAAACGGGGCCAGCCCAGAAGCCCCGCCCCUCUGUGGCUUGCGAAGGGAAUAGUGAAGCCAGGGAGUCGAGCCUCUUCAAAAAGAGUUCCUUCUCGCGUUUGCCGCGCCCGCCCACCCACAUUUUUGCUCGCGGACGCCUGGCUAGGUUUUGCUCCCGGGUGAUGGAAAGCCGCUUGGGCUUCAUCCUCGCCACAAUCUGCCUGCGACAGGGGCAAAAUCGGAUCAGAGGGAGCUUACAUGACUCCGACCCGUGCUUCCAAUUACUGCCAGCGUUCAGGAAUUUCCCUUGAGCACCAAGAAUGCUGCUAGAAUGCACUUGGGGACACAAUGACUUUUGCCUUCCUUAUCCAUGUCUUCCUGUUCCUUUGAUGGUUUUGCAAUCAAAUUAAUUCCAAAGAAACCCUCUCCAAAAUCAUGACUGAAGAAAAGAACCUUGGAGUCUCUCAGAAAGUUUUAUCACCCUCAAGAAGUACCAGCAGCUGUUCUUCCAAGCAGGGAAGUAGGCAGGACAGCUGGGAAAUUGUAGAAGGACUGCGGGGAGCCAUGAAUUACACACAGGAACCGCAAAAACAGGAAGGCUACCUGCUGAAAAAAAGGAAAUGGCCUCUGAAAGGCUGGCACAAGAGAUGCUUUUUUCUGGAUAGAGGAAUUCUGAAGUAUGCAAAAAGCCCAGCUGAUAUAGAAAGGGGAAAGCUUCAUGGAUGUAUAGAUGUUGGGCUUUCAGUGAUGUCUGUGAAGAAAUCAACAAAAUGUAUAGAUUUGGAUACAGAAGAACAUAUUUAUCAUUUAAAGGCAAAAUCUCAGGAAGUCUUUGAUGAAUGGGUAGCAAAGCUUCGACAUCAUAGAAUGUAUCGUCAAAAUGAAAUUUCCAUGUUUCCACAUGAUAUCAACAAUCAUUUCUUCCCAGCAUCAUCUUCUAUUACAGAUUCAGUAACUGGCUUUUUGGAAUCCCCAACAAGCAGAAAGAGAGGCACCCUGACACAACAAAAUUCAGUGCAGACUGGAAGUAGUUUGUCAUUCUCCUGUUCAGCCAAUGAGUCAAGGAUCCCGCCUUGGCUACAUUCUUCUGAAGAGAUGGAAAGAUGCUCCAAAGAACUCUCCCAUUGUCAUAGCUAUCUCUUGGAGAUGAGCCAGCUUUUGCAAAGCAUGGAAGUUCUCCAUAGGACAUACUCAGCACCAGCCAUAAAUGCCAUGCAGGGCAUCCCUUUUGAAAGUCCUAAAAAGGAAAAAAGGUCGCAUAGAAGGUGGCGUUCCCGAGCCCUUGGUAAAGACACUAAAGCAAUGUUGCAGCCUAGCAAUCCUGCCCCUUACCUUUUCUCUCCCCAUACCCCUAGUCCCCUGAAUUCAGCAAAACAUUUAAUGAGGAGUUGGAGUGCACACUUCCAGGUUCCAAGUGUUCUUUCUGCUCCACUGAGGCUGCAUGCUUCCAAUCCUAAUUUAUCUACAUUAGAUUUUGCUGAAGAGAAAAUUUAUUCGAAUGGUUCUGAGACCACUUCAGAGUUUUCUAAAAUGCAGGAAGACCUGUGUCACAUAGCACAUAAAGUGUACUUUACCUUAAAGUCGGCUUUUAGUACAAUAUCAACUGAGAGAGAGAAGCUAAAGCAGAUGUUUGAUCAUGAUGCAGUCUCAUCACCAUCUGCUCAGAUAGUUGGACUGAAGAAUGCCUUAUCAUCUGCCAUAGCACAAAACACAGAUCUUAAAGACCGGUUACGCAGAAUACAUGCCGAAUCUAUGCUUCUUGAUUCAGCAGCUAAUGCAAAAUCCAACCCUGAUUUGGCAAAGGAAAAUUCAGAAGAUGAAAGCAGAGGACUAGUUCACCAGCUUUCCAAUGAAAGUCGCCUCUCUAUAACGGAUUCUGUCACAGAGUUUUUUGAUGCACAGGAAGUCCUGCUAUCUGCAAGCUCUUCAGAAAAUGAGGUGUCUGAUGAUGAUUCAUAUGCCAGUGAUAUCAGUGAUAACAUCUCUGAAGACAACCUAAGUAAUGACAUAGAGAAUGAAAGGCAAACCCUCGACUCUGUUCCUGAUGGCCGUGUGGAAAGUCAUUCCAAGCGGAGAACCUGUCUGCCAGCCCCAUGCCCCAACACGAGCAACAUCAGCCUCUGGAACAUUCUUCGGAACAAUAUAGGGAAAGAUCUCUCCAAGGUGGCAAUGCCAGUGGAGUUGAAUGAACCCCUGAACACUUUGCAGCGGCUCUGUGAGGAACUGGAGUACAGUGAAUUGCUGGACAAGGCAGCACACACACCAGACAUGUUCGAAAGGAUGGUGUAUGUAGCUGCAUUUGCUGUCUCUGCCUAUGCUUCCAGUUACUACAGAGCUGGAAGUAAGCCAUUUAAUCCUGUGCUUGGAGAAACAUACGAAUGUGUCCGGGAAGACAAAGGUUUCCAGUAUUUUUCUGAGCAGGUCAGUCAUCAUCCACCUAUAUCUGCAUGUCAUGCUGAAUCUGACAACUUUAUGUUUUGGCAAGAUAUCAGGUGGAAAAACAAAUUCUGGGGUAAAUCUAUGGAAAUUGUGCCAGUUGGUACAACACACGUAACAUUGCCAGCGUUUAAGGACCACUAUGAAUGGAAUAAAGUGACAUCUUGUAUUCAUAAUAUCUUAAGUGGACAGCGAUGGAUAGAACACUAUGGAGAGAUCAUAAUCAAGAAUCUGAAUGACAGCAGUUGCUGCUGCAAACUUACUUUUGUCAAGACAAAAUACUGGAAUCACAAUGUCCAUGAGAUUGAAGGCAGUGUUUUAGACAAAAAUGGAAAAGUAGUACAUCGCCUUUUUGGGAAAUGGCAUGAGAAUAUAUACUGCGGAACACCAUCUGCGGCAAACUGCAUCUGGAGAGCUAAUCCAAUGCCUAAGGAUUUUGAACAGUGGUAUUGCUUCACACAGUUUGCAUUAGAGUUAAAUGAAUUAGAUCCACUUGUUAGACCCCUGUUACCACCAACCGAUACUCGGUUUAGACCAGACCAAAGGCUCCUAGAAGAAGGUAAUAUUGAAGGCGCAGAAAUGCAAAAACAGAGGAUUGAACAACUGCAGCGAGAGCGGCGGAAGGUUCUAGAUGAAAACAGUAUGGAGCAUCAACCUCGAUUUUUUAGGUAAUUUAUAACAUGACAUGUUCUUACACUGAAAUGAGCUAGUUAAUUCCCCCCCUCCCUCCAAAAAGAAAAUCCAGGAGAUGCAUCUCUUUAGGUCAUUUCUCAUAUAACGUUGCUGUUGCUGUUGUAUUCUUUGUUUAUGACAGAUCUAUCAUGGCAUUUCUAAAGCUGAAAGGAUAUGCCUCACCCAAGUCAAGGCAGCAAGUUUCCAUGCCUGACCAAAGAAUUGAACCCUGGUCUACAGAGUCAUGGUCCAACACUCAAAACAACUACACCAGUGGUACUCAACCAGUGGCUCCCCAGAUGUUCUGGCCUACAAUCCCCAGAAAUCCCAGCCAGUUUACCAGCUGUUAGGAUUUCUGGGAGUUGAAAACCAAAAUAUCUGGGGACCCACAGGUUGAGAACCACUGCACUACACCAUGUGGUUCUCUCUUAUAUGAUACCACUAAAAGCUAAAGGCAUUUUACCGUUAUUAGUAGGGUGAGUUCAUUAAAAAAUCUUGUUUUUUGUAAUGAGAUACAUAAAAGCUAAUCAAAACUUGGUGGAAGAAAUAGCAAGCCAAAGGAAUGCGGUGUUUUGGAGAAAACAUCAUUACUAACAAUAUCGAAACUUCUCUAGUAUUUUUAUGGACUUUUCAAUUGAUGCGUUUUUUUCAUAUGCAUUCUUGUGGGAAUUAAAAAGAAGGCUGAGAAGUAGUCCUCAAUUCUUGAAUCUUUUCCUCACAUUUUUAGUUUCAGAUGUGUUUGGUACCAUAUACAUUGGUCAUUUUCUGCAUGGAGUUAAAUGGAAAUUUGAAAAUUGUCCCGGUGGCUUCAUUUUUACUUGGUUAGUCACUGAAACUGGGUUUAGUUUCGGAAUGAAUGCUUCCAGGAUUUAUCAUUUAACAAUGCAUAAGUAUAUUCAUUCUUUAAAUGGGGAACAGAGCUGUGUCCACACGCUAUGCAACCAAACUUACUGUUCCUGUUAGUGGCACCCCAUCUUUUUUACACAUUGGAGCUGAAAGUCCUUAUAGGAAAUUCAUCACAAAUUCAAGUAGGUUCAGAAACAUUUGCUAUUAACACAAAAGUGUUUAAGUUGGAAGAGAUAAUGUGGACAGGCUGCUGAAGUAUGUCAUCCAUACACCUCCAUAAUAUUUUAUUUAUUUAUUUAUUUACCUUAUUUAUAUCCUGCCUUUCUCUACCCCAAGGGGGACUCAAGGCAGCUUACAUGUGGCACCUAUAUAGUGCCUUAAAACAUACAAUGUUGAAUUAAAAAUAAAUUGGACCAAAAAUUAAAAAAAUAUUAAACAUAAUUAAAAUAGGUUCUUGUAGGUUUUUUAAAAUACAUUCCAAUGUUAAAACACACCAUCCAGGGAUCAGAGUCUGAGGCCAUUCCGUCAAUUGCACAUAUUCCACUUUAAAAUUGCUACACUGCACUAUAUUUCAAAAGCCUGUUCCCAGAGCCAGAUUUUUAUUCUCCUUCUGAAGGCUAGGAGAAAGGGGGGUGAUCUGAUAUCAUUAGGGAGGGAGUUCCACAACCAAGAGGCCACCACUGGAAAGGCCCUGUCUUUCAUCCCUACUAGUCAUGCUUGUGAAGAAGGUGGAACCGAGAGCAGGUCCUCCCCAGAUGAUCUUAAUCUCCGAGAUGGUUCAUAGGGGGAGAUACCUUUGGACAGGUACACUGGGCCAGAACCGUUUAGGGCUUUAUAGGCUCAAGCCAGCACUUUGUAUUGUGCUCAGUAGCAGACUGGCAGGCAGUGCAGCUGACACAACUGAGGAGUUGUAUGCUCCCUGUAUGCCGCUCCAGUGAGCAACCUGGCUGCUGCCCGCUGGACCAAUUGAAGUUUCUGAACAGUCUUCAAAGGCAACCCCAUGUAGAGCGUGUUGCAGUAUAUACGGGGUGUAACCAGAGCUUGGACCACCAUGGCCAAGUGAUAUGGACAUAUGACAAAGCUUAGUGUACAAUCUGGAUUAAUGUGGUGCAGACCCUGUUAAAUUUAAGAAAAUGUAGAUCUCAUUUGUGAUUAGAUCAGACCAGGGAAUUUUUUUCUUCAUCAUUUUCUAUUUGCUGAAGGAAAGGCAUUUAGUAAAUAAAUAUUUCUAUUUGGGAAAUACUGCUGAAAGUUAUAUACAUGUUGUAACCAUUCUUCCUGCUCCACAAAUGUAGAAAUCUAGAAAAUCAAACAGGUACCCAGAAGUAAAAUUACAUCGCCCUUGUUAAGAAGGGGGGAAAAAACCAAAAAAUGUUGUGUUUGCUGUUAACAGGAAAGCUGCAGAUGACUCUUGGGUUAGCAAUGGAACCUACCUGGAACUUAGGAAAAAUCCUGGCUUUUCCAAGCUGGACAGUCCUGUUCUGUGGUGAUGAAAAGACAAAGAGGGAAGGACCUUUAAUAGUGAUUUUCUUACUAUCACUUAUGGAAAAGGAAAUGCUGCAUAUCACCUUGAAUAUUCUAGUUUCCUGCUUGAUUAGGAUUUUUGACGUGCACCUUUACUUCAUUCCAUUUCUUCUGUAGCUAUUUUGAUAGUAACCACAAAUCUGUUUGAAUGUACAAAGAUGCUAAUUUUCUUUACAUAUGCUGUUUAAUAAGCGAUGGUUGAAUGUGUUUUCUAAGGGGGUGAUGGAGAGAGAAACUUUAACACUAUUUGUUUUCCCCCAAAGGAUAAUGCAAGCUCAGAUUCAAUGCCUUAGCCAAUUGGUCAGCAGCCUUGAGCUGUGUUGUGAAAAUUGAAUAAACCCACUGAUUUCCCCCAAUAAGCUAGUACAGAGUUUCUCAAACUGUGCUCCUCCAGAAGUUUUGGACUUCAGCUCCCAUAAUUCCUAACAGCUCAUAAGCUGGCUGGGAUUUCUGGGAGCUGAAGUCCAAAACACCUGGAGGAGAACAGUGUGAGAAACACUGAGUUAGUAAGUUACCAAAGAUGGAAUGAGUGUAUUUAUUUAUUUAGUCUCUUGCCUAAGAUUGCAUCUUAAUGCUGGAAUCUUUUUUGAUGUUUCCUAAAGGGCAAUUUAGUAAUUCCAUUUGAUAACAUAUCCUAAGAAAUAGUAUUAAGUGGUAGUAGUGUUGAUGGGUCUACUGCCUUACGCAAAAGGGCACAGUCAUUUGGAAACGUCUCUUAUGUCUUGUUGAAAGGAAUGGAAGUCAAACCAUUGCAGAUUUCAACAGGGCUUGCACAGUGGAUGUUGCAUCUAGACUAUGUCCCAAAAUUGUAUCAUAUUGUGUGAUGUGUAUAUGGGUAAUGUGGGGUGUUGACUAAACUUUCAGGGCAAAAUCUAACCAAAAUGAGAAGUCCUAUUUUGGGGGGGGGGGGG